AUGGCCAUCUUUGAAUCCGAGGACGAGAUGAACCCGUAUGCGGACGCUGGCGACGAGUCCCCGUACAGCAGUGACUCCGAUAUCGAUUUUGACCAAGAAGACAUUGGCAGCCAUCUUUGUAUUAGUGGACACCAAAAUAACGCUGCGACUUCUCAGCUCUCUGAUACCAGCGCGCCCCUCAGGAACGGAGCUCGUUCAUACGAUGACAAAUCGCCUUUCGUUGUUGAUGACGACUUAUGCGACGACAACACCACGCCAGUGCAUUAUCCCUCCGCAAAAAGGAACGAUCGACUGGAAAAGCAACGACAGAAUUCGAACAUCUUCACUCUUGGAAAGCGAGCUAUAUCAACCCGGCCAUCCUUGGAUCUGGAGACCGCUCAGACUUCAACCUUUGCCGGUGCAGUUUUAUCCUCUUCGCCAACACCAACGACCGAGCUUGUCGCUCCUCAGGGCUUCUCCACCCCCAUAAGGCCCUCUCGCUCUGCAGUUCUCCCCAACAUGCCGUCGAACACAGCUCAGUUGUCGAUGGCUCGCGAUAUUCAAUCAGCUCUUCCAACGUUAAUUGCAGGAUCGCCAACCCGACUCUCACGGUCAACAUCCUAUCCUGAUCUGUCAGUGCUGGGAUCUGGCACCAAUGCUGUAUCCGCCCAUCACGCACCCUAUCAUGCACCCUAUCACGCCCCUGCAACGCUUGGCCAUACCUAUCACUCCUCCUUGGCGCCCGCUCAUCGUGAUCAGCCCUCUCCUGCGCCCAUCCAGCAUCACCAUGCCUCUCCGAUUCCCGUGCACUCUUAUUAUGACUCUCCGGCGCCCCUCCAUCAUUAUCAAUCCUUACCUGGACCCGCCCACCCUUACCAAACCACCUCGGCGCCCUCGUAUCCAUACCAGGGGACUCCUGAACGUACUCAAUCCUACCCAGCCUCUGUCGAAUACUAUACCCAGAUACCACCCGUCAGCCCUUACGGUCAACCAGUUGCGUCUCGGCCUCCCUUCAAUCACUACACUACGAUGUCCGCAUCCACCGUGUCAAGUAUGAACCAAUCUAGCUCGGCUUCCAUUUCUUCCUUCCAAAACACCCACACCUCGUUCGAUGACGACGCCUCGACGGUCGAGGACAUCUUUGUGAGAGUGCAGUCCUACCAGAAAGACACCAACGAUCGCAGGCGAUUAGAUGCAAGGGCUCGCCAUGAACGGGAAGACGUCACAUCGUCCCCACAGUGGCGUGGCUUGUAUCUCAGUAUCCCACUGGGCGAGCUCCCGAGUCCCGAGACUUGCAAGAGCUUGGCUCCUCCAAGACUGAAGAUAUUGGCGACAGUGCCCUUCACCCGCAUUCUUUAUAAACGUUCCAACACAACCGCCGACCCCACCCAGUCCAAUGGCGCCUUUCUUCCGCCCAGUGCACUGCUUCCAUCAUUUGAAAACUCAAGUCGGUCAUACGCCAGGAAACCGCCUACACUUCGCUCCAACAGUAGCAGUUUGUUCUGCUUCGAGAAGGUGCCCCUUGUUGUUAAUGGGGUGGAAGGGGUCUGCAACGCCAAGCGUGCCACCGGUCAGGGAGGCUCCGGUCGCCGCUCCCAUCUCCUUUCCAAGCACUCUGGGGUGAUUGACGCCAUCGAGUAUUUCCAGCGCCAACAGAGACUAGCACAAGGCAUGGAUCCGGACCCCGCGUCUAGCACCCCACACAGAUCAAAAAAAGCCAAAACCACUGACACUGCCAACAAUGGCCCAGCAGCAGCAGCAUGGAAUCACCACCACCAACUUGAUGUCGAGAAUCUGCUUAUGAGGCUUGUUGCCGUAGAGGGACUCUCAUUCAGCACAGUCACCUCAAACACCCUCAAGAAGAUUUGUCAUCUCCUGAAUCCGGCGAUUUUGGCACGCAAAGUGGAUGCUCAAGUGUUGACAGACAUCAUUGCAUGGGAUUCGACUGGUACCAUUGUCAAGAUAACCAAGAAGUGCGCAUUAAUUUCCAACUUCUUCAACAACAACUCCGUCGCCAGGGAUAUCAUCAACAAGCUAUGGCUGUCUCACCUCAAUGUCGUUCGAGCCGCCAAUACUCGCCUCCCACUCGAUUCUUCUUCUGCUGGCGGCCAUGCUCCUCCUCCUCCCACUACUGGCACGCAGGCUCAUCCUCCUCCCAUUACCGGCGCGCAGGCUCCUCCUCCUCCCACUACCGGCACGCAGGCUCAUCCUCCUCCCACUACCGGCGCGCAGGCUCAUCCUCCUCCCACUACCGGCAUGCAGACUCCUCCUCCUCCUCCUCCUCCUCCUCCUCCUAGUACCGGCGAUGGACCAGCAUACAUGGAAGAAGAGGUUUCGUUUAAAACCGCUAAUGUGACGCGUUGGAACUCCAAACUGAACAUGGUCGCCAGGGUCUUCGAUGUCAUUACUGUUUUGAAGCCCGCUGCCGAGGAGCUGCUGAAGCUAAAAUCUACCAAGGAGGAGAUGACAAAAUACCAGGAGUUUAACAACAACUUGCUCUCGGAGGAGGAGGUCGAUGUUUUACAAGAGAUCGUCAAGCUUUUGCGUCCGGCUGCAAAAUUGACACAUUGGAUAGGAGGAUCUGGAUAUUCGACCAUCUCGCAAGUGUAUGCAUUGGCACACAACAUCCUUGGACCCUCCGACGUCUACAAGACGGGACCUGCCAUCGCGCUCUACGAGGUCCUAGAGUCCUUUAUAAAGUUGGCCUGGCCUGAGGACGACAUUUCCGAUGUCAUGCUCUUGGCCAUGUAUUUCAACCCCGGCUGUUCAAAAUUAAACAUCUGGGGCUUGGAAAAUACCCACCAAGCUGCCGAGCAAGCAGCCGAAAGAGCGGCCAAGCGAACCACCGAGGAUGCCGCAGCUAGACGUCAUGCUGGUCAAGAUUCAGAUCAAGAACGAGUUCAGCUUCCCCCUCAGAUUCCAUUAGAGAACAGACAUUCUACGCCAAGACCAACAAAUCGACUGAGAGCAGAGACCCUGAUUUAUCGAGCUGUUAUUCAGAUGCAUGCGGACAAGGAGAUUGCCAGGAAGCGGGGCAUCACGAACACCACCAACAACAAUAAUCUCAGCUACGAUGUCAACAACGCCAUUUCGAUGAAGUUCUGGAAAGUGGAUGCGGAUUGUGCCUUAAUGGCAUAUAGGGCUCUGUGGUCUGAUGAGGAGGUCGACCCAGCUUGGUCUGACGACCCAGCUGCAUUUUGGAAGUCCAAGGAGAGUCUCCCAACUCUGGCCAGUUUGGCCACUCUUGCGCGAAUGUUCUUGACGAUUCAAGCAACAUCGUCCGAGGCAGAACGCUUGUUCAGCAAGGCUGGACUUAUCUAUUCAGCGCGUAGAUGCCGACUUUCCGAUAGCAACUUUCGUAAUGUUAUAUUUUUCAACAGCUUAGAAAAGACACUCUGUGAAGCCUAUUUUGUUAGAUAA